AAACGAGGUUGCCCUUUACGUCGUACUCCGAUCAACAGAAAAUGGCGUCGUACGCAGGUAGUGCCGAAGAAAGGUCGACUUUUGCUUCCGACUCUUCCAAGAAAGAGAGUGAUAAUGAACAGAAUAGUAAUUUUGAAUGCAACAUAUGUCUGGAUGUAGCUCGAGAUGCUGUUGUUAGCCUAUGCGGACAUUUGUUUUGCUGGCCCUGCCUACACAAGUGGCUAGAAACACGACCAAAUAGAUCAGUUUGUCCAGUUUGUAAGGCUGGCAUCAGCAAAGACAAGGUUAUUCCACUUUAUGGAAGAGAUAAUCCAAAACAGAAGGAUCCAAGGGAAAACCUACCUCCAAGACCACAAGGACAAAGACCAGAACCUGAAAAUAAUUUUAAUCCUUUCCAGGGUUUUGGUUUUGGAAAUGGUACAGGUGGCUUUCAGGUCUCCUUUGGCAUUGGGGCUUUCCCAUUCACAUUUUUAUCAACUACAUUUGGAAAUGGCAACAAUGGACAACAAAGAAAUGCGGACUCACCACAAGCUCAAGAAGAAGUCUUUCUUUCAAGGUUAUUUUUAUGGAUUGCACUACUGUUUCUUUUUUGGCUGCUUUUUGCUUAAGGGUUGUAAAUGAAUGUUAAUCUCAAGACUCAAGCCUUUGUAUAAACAGAUAAUAUGUAGACACUUAAACAGAAUCAGCGGAGAUAUAAAAAUGGCAGCCUCCACAUUUAUGAAUUGACAACCAAUUGUUUUGAAACAAUUGUUUUGAAACAUCUUUUAAAAAUCCCAUACAGUUAUGUUAUAAGAAGUUUUAACAGCCAUGGUUUAUAUCCAUUUAUUCCCUGUAAUCUUUGCACCAUCGUUCUAACACCAUUACUACAUCUUAACCCAGUUUACCAGGUUCUAUCCAUCAGUAGUUUGAAUUAUUCAGUUGGUAACAUUUCCGUUUGCUUUUGACAAUGGCAUUAAACAUGGUAUUUUUAGGCCACCUAGAGGUUUUGUCGUGACAAGUUAACCACUAUGUUAAUCAAAUUAAUCUUCCCUAGCUUUGAAAGCUUCAUUGACAUCACAGGGUAUUUGUCGUCUAUCUAAAGUCCCUAUUGACAGUUUAGGACCAAUAAAAAACUCUGAUUAUUUUAUUAUUGAAGAGGGGAUUUUUGUGUGGUGAAAGCCCAGAAAAAUUUAAGGCAUAUACCUAUGUUUUCUUAUUACCCUCCAUUUCACAGAAUAUUGCAUAUCUGAUAGUGAAAUGAUGUGCCACAUAUCAGCCCUGAAUUUAUGUUUUGCUGGAUAAAAUAACCACACUUGUUUUCGUAAUUCAUGAGUUUUAUUACUUUCCUACCUCCUUCUUUCCUAUGUUUCUUCAAUUGUUUUUUUCUUUUAUCUCCCUAUUGCAUAUUGUUUUGUUUCUUUUGCAGUUCUUUCCUGUUUUCUUUUUGUUCUUUCCUUUGUUCUAUCCAUUGUCCCAUUCACCCCAUUAAAUAUGGAACUCUUAUUUCACUCUCUAAUUAUGUACCCUCCCCCGAAUCAACUUACACUGCACAUACAGUACUCCAUUUUUUAAUAUCACCAGCAAAAGGCCCCAAUCAAGCAGUAAUAUUUAAAAUCAGCUUUAAGUUUGCUCAUGGCGUUGAUUUACGUUAAUUGUCUCUAAUCUCAAACUCGUUUUGUGUUGAAACUUAAACAAAUUCGUUAAUUUAAGUCAUAGUCAAUAGAUUUAUUCAUGUAGUCUUAAUUUUUCAUUGCUUAAGGUUGAAUUUCUCGUAAAAAGAACUAGAUUUAUGAUUAUAUAUUUAAGCAGCGUAUUACCUAUAGUUGAUAAGUGGAAAUUGAAGUCUGGAUUGUGAGUCGGUACAUGAAGUAAAACCGUAAGGGCUUUGGACAGUCUAAAGGCAAAUAAGACAUUUGAUGCAAGAAAGCCCUGCUUUGCGUCUCGUAAUCUUAUCUUUACGGAAACUUGCUUGUAGCUGUUAAUCACAAACUUCAUAUAGAUCAGUAGCUCUAACUGUUUGAAAUUAAUCGAUUUAUUCUGGAGUAUUAAAACAUACUUUUAACAACA